AUUGGUUGUCCGAUGGUUUAUAUUAAGCGAAAAAAAAGAAAACUUUACUUCUCGGGUUCCCCAGCAUCGUGCCCUAACCUUGUCUCCGCUCCUUCCUUCCGCUUCCGUUCUCGAUCACCUCCGCCUCCACCCCGGACAUCGUCGCGACCGACCCCUGACACCAACGCCGUGGCCGCCGCUGUCUGCUCUCGGGUUUCGGAUGCUGGGCCCGCUUCUAAGUUUCUGAGGUACAAGGGGACUGAGAUUCAGUUCUUGGUCCCCUGUAUAUGACUGUGGUUCAGAGGAGUUUGGAAACGAAAUGAGUGUCAAUCAUUUGCGCAGCUCAUUGCUGGGACCUCCUCUUCAAAGGCCUCAUAAUCAAAGAAAUGGGAGCAAAUUCUCUAUUGCUGUUAAGGGAAAAUCAAAUGUUUGGGCUUCGUUUGAUUUGUUGUUUCCUGGACAGAGUCAGAAAUGGCAUGGAAGGGAUAAGUCUUCAUUUUUCAGUGGUAGAAAUGUCAAUUAUUUAUGGAGGAACGGUUCAAGGAAUGAUUUUAAAGUAAAUUGCAUGAAGGAGUCUUUCCCUAAGACUAAGGCUCUGAUCAGAUCUUUUGUUCCUGUGUGGAUGGAGGGGUUGUUUUUGGUUAGAUGCUCAGUGUUCUUUGUUGUAAUUUCUGCUGCAGGAAUGCUGGUAUGGUAUGCCCGGCUGAAAGCCCGGUGUUUCAUCGAGGCUCAGCUUCUACCAUCUGUUUGUUCGAUACUGAGCGAACAUCUUCAAAGAGAGCUUGAUUUUGGUAAGGUUCGAAGUAUUUCACCUUUAGGCAUCACUCUGCAUUCAUGUUCCAUUGGGCCUCAUCGGGAAGAAUUUUCCUGUGGGGAGGUACCAUCCAUGAAACUUCGAAUCCGCCCUUUUGCAAGUCUUAGGAGAGGGAAAAUUGUAGUCGAUGCUAUUCUAUCCCAACCUUGUCUUCUGGUUUCCCAGAAGGAAGAUUUUUCUUGGUUGGGGAUUCCAUCACCUUCUGAAAAAGGUCUGCAGAGACAUCAUUCAACUGAAGAAGGCAUAGAUUAUCGGACGAAAGCUAGAAGGCUUGCUAGAGAAAAAUCUGCAGCUCGCGGGGCCAGAGAAAGGUUCAAAUCAGCGAAGGAAGCUGCAGAGAUGGGCUAUACUGUUCCUCAAGAGCAUUCAGAGACUUUGUUGAAUGAUGAUACUAAGGAUGCUUGUCAUUGUACUAAAUAUGGUAGAUCUGGUUCAUUCGUUUGCAUGGAUGAACAGAUUCAUUGGAGGGAUCAUCAUUGCAUGGAUUCCAGGAUUGAGUAUGGCUUGAAGCAUGCAGAUCUGGAGAAAUCGUUUGGUGUAAAAACUCGUGGCACAUGGCUUACAUUAUGGUCUAGAAUGAUACCGCAUUCGUUCAGGCACAAAUUCAAAAGAAAUGCUCAGAAAAAGUUGAUGUUUGAAGGUGAUAUUACUUCUAAAGAAAGAUGCCUCAAACAUAGUGCCCUUGCAGCUAUGGCAUAUUUUAGGGGUUUAGAUAAUGGGAAGUUUGGCGAGCCAUGGUCCACUCAGGAAAUGGAUGCUUCGGCUGGAGGCUGCAUAGAUAUUGCAUUUGAUAGGACUACUGCAAAGGAUGUAGUGACUAGUGAUACUAAUAUUAUGCCCACGAGUAUGGUUGAUCAAACUAGAUCUGCAAAGCUAGUCAAGUUAGUUCCCUUGGAUGGUGAGGAACUCAAAUUGUUGACACCAAUUGAAUUCGCUCGAGAUAAUUCAGUUGGUAAUGAAAAUUUUGACAUGCCGGGAAAUGACAACUUUCUGAAAGAUGGAAGUGUGCAAAAUUGUCAUCCUCCAGAAGAUCAUCAUAGUAUUGGGCAAAGAGAUGUUGAUAUUCUCAGGAGUUCUGAAUCCAAUUUGUGCAGUCCAACUAAUGGAGACUUUAAAGCACAUCAUGUUGUAAAUUGUCAUGAUGAAGGAGUUAGAUGCAAUAGUUCGCAGGAUCUUAUACUGGAAGGUUCCAUGGAGAGUUCCGAAGAUGAUGUUCCUCCUUGUCAAAGCUUUAAUCUUAGAAAGUUUGGAACAUGCACCCAAAUGUGUCAAUCAACAUCUUUUUGGCCAUUCAGCCUGACACCUGGUUUAAUUAGAUUCCCCUUUGCUGUGAACAAACUUCUAUCUGAUCAUCUGGAUGAUCAGAUUCAGAAACUAAAGUCAUACUUGAGCAUAAGAGCUGAAGACCUUUCUGCUGAACUUGCAGAUGGGGUAAAUGAGAUUCACCCAGAAGGUAUUGAGAAGGUCCUUCCAGUUACGCUGGAUUCUGUUUAUUACACUGGGGGUACUCUAAUGCUGCUGGGAUACGGUGACCGUGAACCCAGGGAAAUGGUGAAAGUAAAUGGGCAUGUAAAAUUUCAAAACAGUUACAGCCGUGUGCAUGUGCAAUUGUGUGGGAACUGUAUGGAAUGGAAGGAUCAUACUUCUCAAAGUGGAGGCCAGCUGUCUGCAGAUGUUUUUGUUGAUAGUGUAGAGCAGAAAUGGCAUGCCAAUUUGAAUAUUAGAAACCUGUUUGCUCCGCUGUUUGAGAGGAUUCUAGAAAUUCCAGUCACAUGGUUUAAGGGGAGAGCUACUGGUGAGGUUCAUAUCUGUAUGUCUAGAGGGGAUGCAUUCCCGAACAUUCAUGGUCAGCUUGAUGUUAAUGACCUGUCUUUUCAGAUACUUGAUGCUCCUUCAUGUUUUUCGGACUUAACAGCAUGUUUGUGUUUUCGUGGUCAAAGGAUAUUUUUGCACAAUGCUAGUGGCUGGUUUGGUGAUGCUCCAUUGGAAGCUUCGGGUGACUUUGGCAUAAAUCCUGAGAAUGGAGAGUUUCAUCUGAUGUGUCAGGUUCCAUGUGUUGAAGUGAAUGCCCUUAUGAAGACUUUACAAAUGAGACCUCUUUUGUUUCCGUUGGCUGGCUCUGUAACUGCUAUGUUCAACUGUCAAGGUCCUUUGGAUGUUCCUAUAUUUGUGGGAAGUGGAAUUAUAUCCAGGAAAACUUCUCAUUCAAUUUCUAGUUUCCCUCCAUCUUCUGCAGCUGAAGCAGUAACUAAAAAUAGAGAGGCUGGUGCAGUAGCUGCAUUUGAUCGUAUUCCUUUUUCCCAUGUAUCAGCCAAUUUUACUUUCAAUCUUGACAACUGUGUUGCAGAUUUGUAUGGCAUCAGAGCAAGCCUCUUGGAUGAUGGAGAAAUUCGAGGAGCUGGAAAUGCAUGGAUUUGCCCUGAGGGUGAAGUUGAUGAUACAGCCAUGGAUGUCAAUUUAUCUGGAAACUUUUUACUUGACAAAGUUGUACAUCGAUAUCUUCCGGAGGGCAUUCAGCUGAUGCCACUUAAAAUUGGGGAGAUCAAUGGAGAGACAAGACUAUCUGGUUCCCUUUUAAGACCGAGAUUCGAUAUAAAGUGGGCUGCUCCAAAAGCUGAAGAUUCAUUCAGCGAUGCACGUGGGGACAUUGUUAUUUCACAUGAGUAUAUCACUGUCACUUCAUCAUCAGUUGCCUUUGACUUGCAUGCUAAAGUUCAGACAUCUUAUCUUGAUGAUUACUGGCUACGCAAAGAAGUCAAAGAUGUUAAAGGAGCUGUGCCCUUAGUUGUUGAGGGAGUUGAAUUGGAUUUACGAAUGCUGGAGUUUGAGUUUGCUAGUUUGAUUUUAUCUGAUGCUUUUGAUUCACCACGACCUCUGCACUUGAAAGCAACCGGAAAGAUCAAAUUUCAAGGAAAAGUUGUCAAAACCAUAAAUUAUACUGAUGAUAGGAUAUAUGGCCAUGAGAAGAAUAUGGUAGAUCCAUUGAUGAUGAACAGUGAUAUAGCAAGACUUGUUGGAGAUGUUUCUUUUUCUGGUCUCAAGCUUAAUCAACUCCUGUUGGCUCCACAAUUGGCAGGUUCACUUUGUAUCUCACGUGAGGCGGUGAAGUUGAAUGCCACUGGUAGGCCUGAUGAGAUUUUGUCUGUGGAAGUAAUUGGACCAUUAUGGUUUAGCACAAAAGAGAUCAUGCAAAACAAAAGACGCCUAUCUGUUUCUCUUCAGAAAGGGCAACUAAGGGCUAAUAUCUGUUAUCAACCUCAAAAUUCAACUAAUCUGGAGGUGCGGAAUUUACCACUUGAUGAACUGGAGCUUGCAUCUCUUCGAGGAACUAUCCAGAGGGCAGAGCUCCAGCUUAACUUUCAAAAAAGACGGGGUCAUGGAUUGUUAUCAGUGCUCCGUCCCAAGUUUAGCGGUGUGCUAGGUGAAGCUCUUGAUGUGGCUGCUCGAUGGAGUGGUGAUGUUAUCACCAUUGAAAAAACUAUUCUAAAGCAAGCUAGUAGCCGAUAUGAACUUCAGGGGGAGUAUGUAUUGCCCAGAACACGUGAUAGAUAUCCUGCUAUUAAAGAGGGAGAUGGCUUGUUUAAAAAAGCAAUGGCUGGGCAUUUUGGCAAGGUAAUUUCUUCAAUGGGAAGAUGGCGAAUGAGGCUAGAAGUUCCUGGUGCUGAAGUUGCUGAGAUGCUUCCCCUGGCAAGGCUUCUUUCCCGAAGUACUGAUCCUGCCGUUCGUUCUAGAUCUAAGGACCUUUUUAUUCAGAGCUUGCAAUCCAUUGGGUUUUAUGCUGAAAGCCUUGAUGAUCAGCUGAAGGCAAUACAACGAUAUUAUAAUUGGGCAGAUGAGAGUAUUCUUGAAGAUAUUAGUCUUCCUGCUUUAGCUGAACUUAAAGGUCAUUGGUAUGGGUCUCUUGAUGCUAGCGGAGGAGGCAAUGGGGAUACAAUGGCAGACUUUGAUUUUCAUGGAGAGGAUUGGGAGUGGGGAACCUAUAAGACUCAACAUGUGUUGGCAACUGGUGCUUACAGCAAUAAUGAUGGUUUGCGCCUUGAGAAAUUAUUCAUCCAAAAAGACAAUGCAACUCUCCAUGCUGAUGGAACCUUGUUCGGGCCAAUAACAAAUCUUCAUUUUGCAGUUCUUAAUUUUCCUGUUGGUCUAGUGCCCACUUUAGUUCAGAUUUUUGAAUCUUCAACCUUAGAUUCUAUACAUUCUUUACGGCAAUGGUUGACACCCAUAAAGGGUAUUUUGCACAUGGAAGGAGAUCUUAGAGGAAGCCCUGCAAAGCCAGAGUGUGAUGUUCAAAUAAGACUGCUAGAUGGUGCAAUUGGGGGCAUUGAUCUCGGACGAGCUGAGAUUGUUGCUUCGGUAACCUCGACCAGUCGAUUUUUAUUCAAUGCCAACUUUGAACCUGUUAUUCAAAGUGGCCAUGUACACAUCCUGGGAAGUAUUCCUGUGACUUGCAUUCAAAAUGACUCAGUAGAAGAAGUUGAAAAAGAGAGGGAUAUUGCGGAAGGAGGGAUACAAAUCCCAGUUUGGGUUAAAGAAAAUGAAAGAGGAACUUCUGAUGAUUUCAGCGAAAGAAAAGCUAUCAGAGAUAAGAGCGAAGAUAAUUGGGAUUUUCAGUUGGCUGAAAAUCUCAAAGGUUUGAACUGGAAUACGUUAGAUGCAGGUGAGGUAAGAAUAAAUGCGGACAUUAAAGAUGGGGGCAUGAUGUUAAUAACUGCUUUAUCUCCUUAUGCCAACUGGCUUCAUGGCUAUGCCGACAUUGCCCUUCAGGUAAGGGGUAAUGUUGAGCAGCCUGUUGUAGAUGGAUCUGCAUCAUUUCACCGGGCAACUGUUUCUUCUCCUGUCCUUCGGAAGCCACUUACAAAUUUUGGGGGUACGGUUCAUGUUGCAUCCAAUAGAGUAUGCAUCAGUUCCAUGGAAAGCAGGGUGAGCAGAAAGGGAAAGCUGUUGCUCAAAGGCAAUUUGCCUCUCAAAACCAGUGAAUCAUCUCCUAGUGAUAAACUUGAUCUGAAAUGUGAAGUUCUGGAAGUGCGAGCUAAGAAUUUUUUCAGUGGCCAAGUUGAUAGCCAAAUGCAGAUUUCUGGCUCUAUAUUGCAACCAAAUAUUUCUGGAAUGAUUCAGUUGAGUCAUGGAGAAGCAUAUUUGCCUCAUGAUAAGGGGAAUGGUGCCGUUGGUCACAGAUUGGCAUUGAACCGAGCCAGCUUUCCUGCUGCAAGUUACACCCGGGUGACUGAUCCAGGGCAUGUCUCCCAUUUUUUGUUAGCUACUUCCUCAGGCAACAAAUGGUCUCAACCUGCAGGUAAACAAUCUGAUGUAAAACAGAAAAUGGAGCAAGCAAAUACUGGACCAGGACUUGAUGUUCGGCUGACUGAUCUGAAGCUAAUUCUGGGACCAGAAUUGAGAAUAGUGUAUCCUCUGAUUCUUAACUUUGCUGUUAGUGGUGAGCUUGAGCUUGAUGGUAUGGCCCAUCCAAAAUGCAUUAGACCUAAAGGGAUUUUGACAUUUGAAAAUGGAUAUGUCAACUUAGUUGCUACCCAGAUCAGGCUUAAACGCAAUCAUCUAAAUAUCGCCAAAUUCGAGCCUGAUCUUGGUUUAGAUCCAACCCUAGAUUUAGCAUUGGUUGGAUCUGAAUGGCAAUUCAUGAUCCAAGGUCGAGCUAGUUCUUGGCAGGACAAUUUGGUUAUGACCUCAACUCGCUCUGUGGAUCAGGAUGCUCUUACACCUACUGAGGCUGCCAAGGUAUUUGAGAGUCAAUUAGCAGAAUCUUUGUUGGAAGGGGAUGGUCAGCUGGCAUUCAAGAAACUUGCAACUGCAACACUUGAAGCUUUGAUGCCACGAAUAGAGGGAAAGGGAGAGUUUGGACAGGCAAGGUGGAGGCUAGUGUAUGCUCCUCAGAUCCCAAGUCUGCUCUCUUUUGAUCCUGCAGUUGACCCACUUAAAUCUCUGGCCAACAAUAUAUCUUUUGGCACAGAAGUUGAAGUUCAGCUUGGAAAACGCCUUCAGGCUUCAGUUGUUAGACAGAUGAAGGACUCAGAAUUGGCUAUGCAGUGGACUUUAAUCUACCAGCUUACAAGCCGCCUCCGAGUUCUUUUCCAAUCUUACCCAUCUAAUCGGCUGCUUUUUGAAUACUCUGCAACAUCUCAGGAUUGAUACACUUACCUUCAUCAACCCUGCAAUGCAAGGUCAUCCAGUUUUGUGAUGCGUCAGGAUGUAUUUUAGAUAAGUCAUCUGCAGUUGAACCCAUGUUCAGGUUUUUCUGCAAUCGUAAAUUUAUUUUUAUUUGUAUAUAUGUUACACUAUCAAUAUUCUUUUGCUAAGAGAUGAAGUCAGCUUGUUUAUAAGUUGUACAUUAAUUUUCAUUCUUUUAAAUGCCUAUUUUAAAAGGUCCUAUACACCCUAUAUUCAUGGGUCAAGUUCUGUUUGUUAAUGGAAUCAAAGGAAAGAAGACAAUAUUUUUUUAGAUUUAA